AUGGGACAGCUGAACUACUCAUCGUCCAACGCCUGGUUGGAUGCCUUGUCUCGGCAUCGGAAUGCGCUUGGCAAGCCAUGCGCAGCACCGCAGUGGGGUGCCUGGGGCGAAGUGGGGAUGGCUGCCAACUUAGAUGAUGCCUCCCAGAGGCGGAUGGCGCAAAGCCCCAUGCCGCCGUUUACAAACGCAGAAGGACUUUUCGGACUGGAGUGUGGCCUCAGGAGAUUCGCUGGAACAGAAGAGCUCAUAGAAAACAGCGGAGUUUGGGUCGUUUGUUGCCGCCGCAUCGUAGCCAUGACAUGCUCUGCAAUCGAGGCUGACCUGCAAGCUGCAGAUUUGUUGAGAGCUGCCAUUCUUGUCUUCGGUGUUGGGGACUUCAUACACGGCUUCUCCUACAGUGCAGGCAUCCAUCCCUUCUUGCACUGUGCGCGACUUUUUACGAUGGCUUUCGCUGGAGUGGGCUUCUUCGGUGAAGUGGAUGGACGUCGACUGGGGGAGUUGUACUGGCAGGAGGGCGCUGCCGAGGCCAGGGACCCAGUUGCGGAUGAAUCGGAAAGAUCACCGAAGACCAGAAGUUCGGAUGGUGAUGUGCGAGCAGAUGGGCGAAGGGAGGUAAGAUAA